UCGAAGAGCCGCUUUUUGGGCCAAGCCGCCGGAGCUCCCGCAGGGCUGGAAGGAGGAAGAGGUGUCGUCGGCGGAAAAGGGGCCGUGGGGGAAGAGAGAGCCCGGGCGGGCGCGCGCGCGCUCUCCGAAGUGCGGCCAACCUCUGCCAAAACUUAACCCAGCGAUUGCAGCAGCAGCAGCAGCAGCAGCAGCAGGCGGCGGCGCUCGCUUUCGGCAGCCGCGAAGAAGCUCUCGGUUGCAGCUCCCUUCGAGGGGAAGCCUCGGCGGUCGAAGGAAGGAAGAGGAGAGGAGGAGAAGAAGAAGAAGAAGGCAGGGCUGAAGCAAGCCUUUCCCCGGACAUUUGCCCCCCUUUCCCCCCUCUCACCCCUCCCAACCCCGCUGUCCCUGCUGCUAGCCGUGGGGCCGUGGGGCUUGAGGAUCUCGCCCAGCACAAGCUUUCGGGGGUGGCUUUUCCGAAGAAGCGGCGACAGAUCCCCCGUCCUUCCUCGGGCGAGAAAGCCUUUCCGUCUCCCGAGCGCUCUCCCGACGCCUCCGCCACGUUAUCCACGGCCUCUUGCACCAUAGAGGGAAAACAGACCAUGGUGAACCCAGGCAGCAGCUCGCAACCGCCCCCUGUCACCAGUGGCUCCCUCUCAUGGAAAAGAUGUGCAGGCUGCGGGGGAAAGAUUGCUGAUCGCUUCUUGCUGUAUGCCAUGGAUAGCUAUUGGCACAGUCGGUGCCUGAAGUGCUCCUGUUGCCAAGCCCAGCUGGGAGAAAUCGGUACAUCUUGUUACACGAAGAGCGGCAUGAUCCUGUGCAGAAAUGACUAUAUCAGGUUAUUUGGAAAUAGUGGCGCUUGCAGUGCUUGUGGGCAGUCAAUUCCUGCUAGUGAGCUGGUUAUGAGGGCACAAGGAAAUGUCUAUCAUCUUAAGUGCUUUACCUGUUCAACCUGCCGAAACCGCCUGGUCCCUGGAGACAGGUUUCACUACAUCAAUGGCAGUUUAUUCUGUGAACAUGAUAGACCCACAGCUCUCAUCAAUGGCCAUUUGAAUUCACUUCAGAGCAAUCCACUACUGCCAGACCAGAAGGUCUGCUAAAAGAUCAGAGUACUGCAGAAUGCGUGCCUUCAUCUCAAACUUUGUUCAUCACAGAUGGAUCCCAUGUCUCCAGUAGACAAGUCACCUUUGUAGCUAGCAUCAGUGCCAGCUCCAUGCCAUUGCACCUUCUUUACUCUUGAUUGCCCUUCUCACAUUUAUCGGUGUAUUAAAAUGACUGAAAAUGAACAUUAAGAACUCCAUGAAUCUGGGCUAAUGGGAGACUGUAGAGAAAAAUGGAGGGAAAAAAAAAAAAGAUCCACCGGAGGAGAGAACAACUUUGGGUGGGCAGGGUGGGGACAAAUGACUAAUGAAGCUAAUCCAGAUAAGCUUUCAAGUCUGCUUUCUACCCUCAUUAACAAUUAGCAGGGCACUGGUGAGAAUUUGUACCCUGUGUUUUACCUUAACAGCAUUCUCUUUGCUCUUUGUAUAAUUUACGUGUUGUAGGAAAUGUUCAAAACUCAAACCUGAGCUAAUGGAAAGAUGGGGCUCUUGUGAUAAUCUAUCACAAAUACUUUUAUUGUAUCUCUGUAAAAUACAAAUGUAUGUAUGCAUGUAAGUGUGUUUUGUCCUAAUGUUGCUACUUCCCAUGACACAGAAAGAAAAAGGAAAAAAAAAAUCAAGCUCAUAGCAACAACUGUAGAAUUUUCAUCUACUCCUAAUUUGCUGAAUGAAGAAGAAAAAUCUUUUAUUUGUGAUAUUUUCAGAGACAUUUGCUCUAGUAUGGUGUAUUUAAAUAAUAAAAAACUUAAAAUGAAA